CACCUCACUUGUUAUCCUAUUUACUUGUUUAUUCAAGCUUCUUCUUUUUUUAAUUUCCUUAAUUUUUUCAAUAAAUAAACUACACCUACUCGGUAUCGAGUACCAACUACGACAUACACCAUCUAUAAAUUCAGAUCAUGUAAUAUUCAAAGCCCACAACAAAGAACAAAGAAGAAGAAAGUAAGACUAAUCGUUGGCAAUUAGCAAAAAAUGGCUCCAGGUUUGGUAGAGAAGCAAAACCAGGAAGGUCGCCAUACAAGUAUUGAACAGAGUCUUGCCAUAUACAAGGACAUACUUGAAACUAAGGAGCCGGAACCAACACAGGACCAAGAAAACCAAGCUGGUAGGCAUCAAGAAAUUGGACACAAGAGUCUUUUACAAAGUGAUGCUCUUUAUCAGUAUAUACUUGAAACUAGUGUUUAUCCUGGGGAGCCUGAACCAAUGAAAGAACUGCGCGAGUUGACAGCAACUCAUAAAUGGAAUAUCAUGACAACUUCAGCUGAUGAAGGGCAAUUCUUGAGCAUGCUGCUUAAGCUAAUCAAUGCCAAGAACACUAUGGAAAUUGGUGUUUACACUGGUUACUCUCUUCUUGCCACUGCUCUUGCUCUUCCUGAAGAUGGCAAGAUAUUGGCCAUGGACAUUAAUCGUGAAAACUAUGAAUUGGGUCUUCCAAUCAUUAAAAAAGCUGGUGUUGCUCACAAGAUUGACUUCAGAGAAGGACCUGCACUACCUGUUCUUGAUCAAUUGAUUCAGGAUGGUAAACACCAUGGAACAUUUGAUUUUAUCUUUGUUGAUGCUGACAAAGACAAUUACCUGAACUAUCACAAGAGGACAGUCCAGCUUGCUAAGGUCGGAGGAGUCAUCGGCUACGAUAACACCUUAUGGAAUGGUUCUGUUGUGGCAUCACCUGAUGCACCAUUAAGGAAAUAUGUCAGGUUCUAUAGGGAUUAUGUGAUGGAGUUCAACAAGGCCAUAGCUGCUGAUCCAAGGGUCGAGAUCUGCCAGCUCCCUAUCGGUGAUGGCAUUACCCUGUGCCGCCGCAUUAGCUGAUCAUUUCAAGUUUGCAGUGCUAUAUUACUGCACUUGUAUGAUUUAUGCAGUUAUAUAUUUGCAGAAUUACAAGCAUCCCCUUAAUUAUUAAAAGGGAAGUAAUAAAGUCUCAGUGACUCGACCUAAUGCAGGGAAGCUUCGCAAUUAUGCUUUUGUAAUGUCUCAAAAUGGGUUAUUUUCUUCUUUAUUACAAUAAACUAAAUUUGAGAUCUUACUCAAAUUGAGUGCCUAUAAAUACAAAGUUGUCUUUAAUAAUAUCAUUGAAGUAAAAGGAUUUUAAGAUUAAUGUCUCCUUACAUAA